AUGAGCUCUUUUAAUAGCAAGAUCUAAUAAAUUGACAAAUAUAUAGAGAUUGAUGAAGUUUAUAUGAAAAAUCAUUCUGAUAUAUUUAAUAGAUAUAGAGAACUAGAAGUAAAUAUUGAUCAGAUUAUAAAAAUGAUUUAUAAUAAUGAUAAAAAUAUGAAUCCGAUGAAAUUCUUUCGAAUAUUAGAAUCAUAAAAUUUACUUAUUCUUCUCUUUGAAAAUCUUAUAGUCUUGAUUAAACCCAUAAAUGAAUAAAAGUUUAAAUUGUUAUUCAAUAAAUUUAUGCUUUUAUUUGAUAAGUUCAAGGCUGCAAUCAAAAAUAUUUCUAAAAAUUUAGAAGAUACUUUUAGAACUGACCAGAUUAUUCCUUAUGAAAAUGUCUUAGAAGUUAAAUCUAAUCUCAUAAAAACUUAUAAUGAGCUAAUAACUAUUAAAAGUGAGAUAUUCUGCUCAUAAUAAUCUAAGAAUUAAAACAAUUAUCAACUAAAUAAGAGUGAUUAAAAUAUUUUGGAGUCUGAAUAUGGUGAUUUAUUUCAGAAAAAGCAACAAAUGGAGAAAAUCGUAGACUAGAUUUUAAAAAAGUUUUAAGACGAUAAAUCAAUUCAUUCAAGAUAAUGCAUGUAAAUUUUAGAAUAGCUAAAUUUGCUAAAACCUCUUUUUUAAAAUUUUGAUGACUCUAUUAAAGACAUAAAUGAAGAAAAAUUAAUUUAAUUCUACAAAAGCUUUUAGAAAAUAUUCAAAAGAUUUGAAACAAACACUAAGAAUGCAAGUCAAAUUAUGGAAGAUACUUUUUCAAAUGGCAAAAUCUCAAAUGAGAAAAUCUAGUAAAUUAAAUAGUGUGUUUUAAGUACAAAGAAUGAUCUAUUAAGUAUCUAAAAAGGAAUCUUUACAAUUUCUUAAAAAUAUUUAAUAUGGAUAGAUUACAACUUAAAAGAUUUUGAAAAUUAGAAAUGUUUAAAAGAAAUAAAUUUGAUUUGCGAUCGAGUGAUGAAUGUUGUAGCAUUUGAUAAAGAUUUAGAUUUUAGAUAAUUUGUUAAAAAUGAAUAAGAACAUAUCUUGUAUUUAAUUAUGAGUGGUAAAGCAGCUGGAGAACGCCCUGGUGAUGGUUAAAAUUUAAAAUGGAUUAAGUAACUUAUUUAAGAAAAAUAAGGAUAUUAGUUUGUAUAUGGAAUUUUUAUAUUCGCUUCUAAUAAUAAUGAAUAACAAUACUUCACUCCUCUUCUUGAGUCAGAUAAAGGACUAAUCUUAAGUGUAACUUAAUCUUAAUAAACCAUCCAAAAUAAUAUCAAAGAUAUAGUUUUUCCAAAAAAAAGCCUAAGAGUUAUAGAUAUAAAAUAGCUUUCUUCCUUUUUGAAUGACAAAAAAGAAGAAUUUCUUGAUCUGGCUACAAAAGAUUAUUCAAAUUACAAUUUGGAUGAUUUUCAUCCUGAUAAACCAUUCAUAAUCUCCUCAGUUUACAAAUCUAUUUCAAAAGAAAUAAGAGAAAGAUUUGAAAAAAAGAAUUUGUAUCAAAGAUUAAAUGAAGCUUAAUAAAUAAUUUAAGAAUGUCAAAUUAGUAUCCCAAAGUAUAUUAUUGAACCUUAAGAAAUAUAUGACGAUUUAAAGCAGUGCUUCUCUGUUAAUUAAUAUUAAAAUUAUGUAUAAGUUGAUUCCAAGAAAAGAAAUUAAGAGGUAGCUAUAAAAAUAUUAAAACUUUAUACUAGAGAAUCUUGUUUCUAUUAAUUUGUCAAUAGUUUGCUUAGUAUUUUGAAUUAAGAUCUUUUGAUAGUACUUUGGGAUAUCGUUUUAUGCCUAAGAAUUUCUUUAAGCAUUUUUAACGAUGAAGUUGACUCUCAAAUAUUUAAACCAUACAAAUAAGAAGGCUAAGUAGAUAAAGUAAGAUCAAAACUCAAUCUUUAUAGAGGGACUGCUAUCCCAUAAGAAGUAUUUAAUUCAAUAUAUAAAAUAGGUUAAAUUAUUUGUAUGUGUGGAUUUUCUUCUUUUAGCUCAGAAAUCAGCGUUGCUUAUUUUUUUAGUAAAAAAGGCUAAGGAAUAAAAGUUAUUUUUGAAUUUUUAUAUGAGUGUGGAACUGAUUAAUUUAGCCUAAGACCAAGAUAUUUAGAUAAAAUAUCUGAAUGUCCUGGUGAAAAAGAGUAUUUGUUAAAUUGUGGAUCAGUAUUUAGGAUAAUAAACAUAUAUGAAAAAAUAGAUAAAUAAGUAAAAUACACAUUUGUAUAACUAAAAAUAUGA